GUUAAAUUUUAGUACAUGUUUGAAUCAUUCCAUUUUAUAUGCGAUCCACAUCACAAUAGUCCAAACUCACAAUGUCAUCCAAACGAGUGGCUCUACCAUCACUCAACUCUACAUCCAAAAAAGAUGCUUUGAAGCCAGUUAAGGUCCAACGUUACAGAGCGGGUCAGGUACCCGAAGGCUAUGUCGAUCCAGCAUUAGAGUCCUCAGACGAUGAAGAAGAGGAGACGGCAGCAACAGGACGUGGAGGACUUGCAAAAGCAGGGCGCAUCAAUGUGUCGAUUGCACAGGAUGAACAACCACGAGUAGCAUAUCAAGUCUUGAACGUGGAACAAAUGACUAAGCAACGACAGCUGGAACGAGUAACCUCUAGUGGUACAGCAGCAUCAGCAGAGGGUGAUCGACGUUUGGCGCGUUUACAGGCAAUUCAUUUAGAAGAUAGGAGGAGCCGUGGAGAUACUAAAUCAAGAAGAAGACGUGAAGAUAGCGACGAUAGUGAUGAACAAGAUAAAGAUGAGGCACAAGGCGAAGAAGAAGAUGAUGAAGAAGCCGCAGCGAGGAGGCGAGAAGCUGCUAGAGCAAGAGCUAUGCGUGGAGAUGACGAACAAGAACUGUGGGAACAAGGUGAAGAGGAAGAAGAGGAAGAAGAUCAUGCAGAUCGUAAGAGCAGAGCAAAGCGUGAUGGCGAGGAGAGUGAAGGUUCUUCUGAAUAUACAUCGGGAUCAGAGGAAGAAUCAGAGGAUGAAAUUGCGUCAAGGCGGAAACUCAUGAAGCCUGUAUUUGUUCCAAAGUCGCAGAGGAUCACCAUCGACGAAGUUAAAAACCCGGAUGUUGCGUUUGAGUUGGCAGAAAAGGCUCGGCUUGAGGCAAUUGAAGAGCGAAAAAAGGAGUCACAUGAGUUACUCAAGCAAUAUAUCGCUCGGCAGGCAGAGGUGGAAGAAGUGCCUGAUACAGAUAAUUUAGAGGAUGUGGAUGACACUGAUGGACUAGAUGAAGAAGCCGAGUUUGAGCAAUGGAAGUUGCGAGAAUUGAAGCGUAUCAAACGUGAUCGUGAAGAACUGGAAGCUCGCGAAGCAGAAAAAGCUGAAAUUGAGCGACGAAGAGAGUUGACUGAGGAAGAGCGUGUAAAAGAAGAUAUGGCGUACCUUGCGAAAAAGGCUAAAGAAGAGCAAGCUAACAAAAAAUCGGCUGUCGUUGAAAAGUAUCACCAUAAGGGAGCCUUCUUUAUGGAUUCUGACGAGGCUAUUUUAAAACGUUCAACGGCCGAGGCGACUCCAGAUGCAAUCAAGAAUAUUAAAGCUUUACCCAAGAUCAUGCAAGUCCGCAAUUUCGGACGUGCCGGUCAGACGAAGUACACAACACUUAAAGACCAGGAUACAUCCCAGCGGUCUGGAUGGACGGAUCCAAUGUCAAGAAACCUUAUUCAACGACAUCGUAUGGGUGGACUUCGUGGAGAGGAUGUUAAGAUUGCUUCGAAAAUGAAUAGACGCGAUGGAGGAGGACGAGGACAAGGACGUGGCGAAAAAGAAAAUGCAAAUAACAUGCAGUUGGGGAGUCGUAGUGAUCAUUAUAGUGGUAGUAGACACUAUCGUGAUAAUGAUCGGAGUAGGGACAGAGACAGAGAUAGAGGCAGGGAUAGUGGCUCAUCCUCUCGCGGAAACAGUGGUCGUGAUCGUGAUCGCUAUUCAGAAAGAUCAUCGUCAUCAUACCACGACCGAGACAGGGAUCGGGACCGCGACCGCAGCCGAGUUGAAAGUGAGCCUAGUAAAAGGCGCCGUUAUUAACACUGAAAGCAUUUGAAGUGUCAUGUGUAUGAUAAUAUAAUAUAAUAUCAAUAAUCAGACCAAG